AUUUGGAAUUGUUCCGAAUGUUACUGCUCAUUUCAUCUUGAAUGUAUACAACGUUGGUCAAAAGAUAGUAUCGUUCAAAAGAAAAACGUUUUAGAAGGUCAAAUAAUAACUAAACAAAUAAAAUUAGUAUGGUGUUGCCCAAAAUGUCGACGUGAAUAUCUCCCAGAAGACACCCCAACACACUACACAUGUUUCUGUACGAAAACGAUCAAUCCAAAAUUUCAAUCACUUCUAAUUCCACAUUCUUGCGGGGAAAAAUGCGGAAAACAACUCAAACCGAUUUGUGGGCAUGAAUGUUUAUUGUUAUGCCACCCCGGACCAUGUCCACCAUGCCCAAUAACAAUCUCAUCAAAGUGUUAUUGUGGAUCAAAUCCCCCAAAAUUACAAAGAUGUUGCAAUAAAGAAUGGUCCUGUGGAUCGAAAUGUAAUAAAUUAUUAACGUGCGAUAAACACAAAUGUUCGGAAUUAUGUCACGCUGGAGAUUGUAAGCCAUGCCCGAAAAAAAGUAUACAAAAAUGUCUUUGUGGAACAUCGCAAAAAUUGAGGGAUUGUUCAACUCCAAUUUGGCAAUGCGAGAAAAUCUGUAAUAAAGCAUUAACUUGUGGAUUUCAUAGUUGCCCGGAAAUAUGUCAUUUUGGUGAUUGUGGCGAAUGUGAAUUGUCGAAAGUUAGGACGUGUCCUUGUGGAAAAUCGAAUUAUAAUUUACCAUGUACUGAAGAAACUCCUACUUGUGAAGAUACUUGUGGGAAAUUGUUGGAAUGCGAACAACAUUUUUGUAAUUAUAAAUGUCAUAAAGAUAAAUGUGGAUCUGUAAGUAUAAUUGUUGUUAUAAGAAACGUGAAUGAUUCAUCACUUAAAACUCUAUGAUGAUUUGGAAGUAAUACACAUAGUGUAUAUGUGUGUGGCUGUGCUGAAAAAUUAUCCCCACACAAUCUACACAUCCACAGUCUUACACCUAAAUCGCGCAAUCAUACAUUUUUUCAUACCUCUACCCUCCUCCAUUAAAUACAACGGAAUUUUCUCCGUCAUUAAGACGUUGCAUUUAUUAUUGUUGUAUUGGGAAGAUUCCUUUUCCACCUGAGCAACCCCAAAACCCACCUCCAAUAUUUUCUCCACCAUCUUGUGUUGAGAUUGUAAUGAUAAAUGAUAUAAAAUAAAGCAGAAUAGACUAAAACCCGCUUUUUAAAGUCUCAAGUAAAGGUGAGUAACAAAAUUGCUUGUAUCUUCAGUGUUCGACUUAUACUGUGUGGAUUUGGAAUUGUAUGGAAUGUGAAUUACUUUUUUGACUACCCUUUGUUGGGUUAUAUUUUUUAUUAAGCUUUCAAUGGGAUGUUGCUUUGAUAGAACAUAACAACUGAGUGGUGUUGUGUUGUAUUUACAUUGUCAUUCAACCUACUUCGCUUUUGUUUAUACAACUAAAACUGAAACUUAACACACCCCAGUAAACAAAAACCAAGUUUUACAAAACAAUAACUUAAAUUCUAACAACUAGUUUAUCUCUGUAUGUUUCAAAUUUAACCCUUUCUAAUCUUUGCAAUGGAU